UGCUUCCAGACCCAGCAUGGAUGUCUCUAUGCCUGUGGGAUAAAUACACCCCUUAUCUCAGACAAAACUGAGUUUGCCAGGUUUUGGUGUGUGGGAGCACCUUAAUUUAUAUGUUGCAGCCUCUAGCUGAGUGUCAGGUUGAGAUUGAACCAGAGAUGGGCUCCUUUUACAAGAUUGCUUAUAUAAAGCGAAGAUAACACCAGCUGGGUUCAUUUGAAAGAGGACAUCUUGGAAAGAGCUGACAGCGCUGCUUUUGGAAAAAGACUGGAAUGAAAAUCUGAAAUAAUUAGCUCCUUCCUGUUUCGUAGAUCAUUGUAAGAAAUGGUGACUCUUGCUAUUUAUCUGCUGGUCAUCUUGGCUCGAGCUCUUGCAGGGCCUUGCAGCCCAAAUAAAGCAGAUGUAAUUCUGGUAUACUGCUAUCCUAAAACCAUCAUUACCAGAAUUCCAGAGUGUCCUUAUGGAUGGGAGGUUAACCAGCUGGCACUUGGAGGCAUUUGCUACAAUGGGAUCCACGAUUCAGGAUAUUACCAAUUCACAAUCCCAGACCUGUCACCUAAAAACAAAUCAUACUGUGGCACCCAGUCAGAGUUCAAGAAUCCUGUGUAUCACUUCUAUAACUCCAUCGUCUCCAAUGACUCCUCCGUGAUUGUGAAGAGCCAGCCUGUGAAUUACUCAUUCACCUGCACAUACAAUGCCAACUACCUGGUGAACCAGGCUGCCUUUGACCAAAGGGUGGCCACUGUCCAUGUGAAGAACGGGAGCUCUGGUUCAUUUGAAAGCCAGCUGUCCCUCAACUUCUACUCUAAUGCCAAGUUCUCAAGUAUAAAAGAAGCCCCCUUUGUGGUUGAAACAUCAGAAAUUGGUUCUGACAUAUUUGCUGGAGUGGAAGCCAAGGGCUUAAGUGACAGGUUUAAAGUUGUUCUCAACAACUGCUGGGCAACUCCCUCCUCAGAGUAUUUCUACCAGAUCCACUGGCCUCUGAUCACCAAGGGGUGUGCCACGGACUACUCCAUCCUGGUGCACGAGAACGGGAAGACGAACCGGGCCACGUUCCAGUUCAACGCCUUCCGCUUCCGCAACAUCCCCAAGCUGUCCAAGGUCUGGCUGCACUGCGAGACGCACGUCUGCGACAGCGAGAAGUUCUCCUGCCCCGUGACCUGUGACAAACGCAAGCAGCGCGCGGAACAAACCGGAGGCGUUCUGGUGGCGGAGAUCACCGUGCGCAGUAAGUGCCUGGGCUCCUGGGGUGCUUCUCCCUUUGGGAAGCAAUGA